AUGCACUUCUUCUCCUCUUUGGCUGCGCUAGCUACGGCCGGCAUGCUGGUCAAUGCGAACCCCCUUCAGAUUCACAUCGACGUACCCAACGAUACUCCCCUCCAGAAAGAUAUCCAGAGCGAUCUGAAUGCUGCUUCUUCCCCAACCCACUCCGUGCGUCCCACAGACGAUGAUAAGCUUGAUAUCGAAUUCGGCAAAUGCUACCGGAUCAAGGACCACAAUGACGAGAAACUCGGUCUGUAUAGUAUCUACUACAAAUUCGGCGGCGAGGAUGGCAACCGGGUGUUCCGCGUGUGCCGCGAGACGGGCGCCUGCAAGAAUGAAAAUCGAAAUGACCAGCAAGUCCGGACCCAGGAGCACUUCUACCUGAAGGAUGCCGAUGGGUCCUCCAUUUCCAACGGUCCGGCCUGGAUGGCCAGUGCCGGAAGCCUUCUGUAUCCUCUUCCAAAUGGUUACCCUAACCUCUACAUUGCCAAGUUAUGGGGAUAUCCUGUGUGUGAAGAUGACGAUGAAGACAAAGACGGUGAAGAUUGUGAGAUCUGUGUCAGCCAGAGAGAGGCCUAUAAUAAAUGGAAUGGCCUCUCGACGCAAGCAAAUACGAAAUAUAUAACUACGUCACCGAACGAGCGGCAAUGCGUUUAUCUCAAGUUCAAGAAAGUCAGAUGUCCUCCCCAUCUGAUGUCCGAGGAUUAG